UCUCUCCGUAACGAUCUUUGGUGACUUCUGGUUACUGAUUUUAGUUUGUCUCUCUUCCCCUGUGGCUUUAUCCAGAGAGAAGAACGAGAAGAAACGCCAAUUCCUACGUAUGUGGCUAUGACCUACGCAAGAGUGGCUCUCAUUCGUUCAUCCCUUUAUCAGGUCAUUCCCUGCUAAAUAACCAUCUGCCAUAAACAUGAAACAUUUUAUGAAGAACAGGAGUAAAAGGGCCUACCACGGGCAGCAGGAUGACUAGCUGCGCGGUGCCCAUUUCAUCUUUUCUUUCAUGUUGUGAGAUCUCCAGCUCUAUGUCCACCUUCAAACCUUUCUUAUUGAGGCCAAAGGCAUCUGUAUCAUUAUCGUCAAUGGCGGCAAAAGGAAGUAGCGCCACCUCGAUUGUACCCGCCAUCAUUAUUGGGGGAGGAAGGAUUGGGCAAAUGCUGCAGAGCAAUGGCACGGGCGAGGACAUCCUGAUCCGCAGAGGCCAAAAAGUUCCUGCUGACUUCCGCGGACCUAUCUUUGUCUGUACCAGGAACGACGACCUGGAUGCGGUGCUUGAAGCCACUCCUGAGGCUCGUUGGAGUGAUCUGGUCUUUUUCCAGAAUGGUAUGCUGGAGCCAUGGUUGCAGAGUAAAGGAUUGCAUGAUUCUGAUCAGGUGUUGGCCUAUUUCGCUGUCUCGAAACUUGGGGAGCCUCCCGUUGAUGGAAAAACAGAUUUGAAUCCCGAGGGACUGACUGCAGCAUUUGGAAAGUGGGCUUAUUCUUUAGCUACCAGGCUGCGAGCGGGGGGCCUUUCUUGCAAGAUCCUUGACAAAGAAACCUUCGAGAAACAAAUGUUAGAGAAGCUGAUAUGGAUUUCAGCUUUCAUGCUUGUUGGAGCCCGCCAUCCAGGGGCUAAUGUGGGUACUGUGGAGAGUGAGCACUUUGAUGAGGUUUCCAGCCUUAUUGAGGAGCUUGCAUCAGCUGCCGCUGCUGAGGCUUGUGUUGAGUUUGAGCCAGGCAUGGUGGAAAGACUCUGUGCUUAUUCUAGGGCUGUUGCACACUUUCCCACUGCUGUGAAAGAAUUCAAAUGGAGGAAUGGCUGGUUCUAUUCACUCUCACAGAGGGCUACUGUGAACGGUCAGCCAGAUCCAUGUCCCUUGCACACAGCAUGGCUGAAGGAACUGAAGAUCAUAUAGAGGAUAACUAUACACCUAAGAAAAGUCCUUGAAAAUGCCAUUGCUACAGUUGAUUUUUGUUGCGUAGCAGAAGAUAUUUAGCAUAAUACUAAGUGAGAAAUUGGCUACUGUUGAUAAGCUUGUGUAACUGUCUGCCCACUCUGAAGGAUGCUUUCUCCAGUAGGUAGAAUGCAGCCAUCGCAAGACGUCUAAUCAUGACUAAGGAGCUUCAAUGACUAUGGUUUUGCAUUUCUUGUAGCCCAUGGUAGAAUUGUGAAUUGUCAGGCUUCCUGCUUACGUACUGUUGUUGUUGAUAGCAUGAAUAAUAGUUGGCAGGAUUGUUCCUUGGA